CCACCACCGGCCUGUGCAGAAUGGCAGGUUUCUGUCGCAUACUUGCUCAGACAUGGACGCGAAUCACAGCAAACUGACUAACCUCGGCUUGUUUUGUUUACAACAGCGAAUGACUUGGACGCGGAUUUUUGCGGCUGGACACUUGGGUACCUAGGUUAUACAAUAUAAAAGGGACCUGUAUGGUAUCUCCUUGUAUUGGUGGCUGCAGAUGGACAUGCCUUUAUUUUCUUUCCUCGGCUGUCGCGUUUGGGGCACGUCCGCCACAGAAAGACGGCAGUCUUACAGGGAGCCCGUCCCGAAGAUCAAGCCGAAUUUUUAAUGCUGUACGCUUUCCAAGUCUUUUCUUUUCCCCAUUGUUCUAUUAUUACCACUGUCUUUAUUCUUACUCUUAUUUUUUAUCCUUAUUUUUGUUCCUGUUUUUAUACCUAUUUUUUUUCGGGUGGGCAUGGGCGGACAUAGGUUAGAAAGAGGGAGGGGAAAAGAACAAGAAGAGGGAAUGAUGGCCGCUGGAAAAAAGUCGGCAUCAGGCAAUCGACACCGAAUUAAUCGGACGGCCCGACUUGCAAACGACCAAUAAACACACGAAUUCUGUCAUGAUUGACGAGUUUUUUCGUUCUUGAUUGCACUGCGGAUGUGGUGACCGGUCGUGGAAGCCGGAAGUACUGGCAUGGAUCAAUUGCUGAGGCGCAAACAAAUUGUAAGGGGUGAGUCGUCUGCGGGCACCCAGAGAGCGUGCAGGGGCGGCGAGGUGAAGCAGACUCAAAUCCAGCAUGUGUUGCGAAGAGGGGAGGCAGAAAAAAAAACUCCACAGAACGUCAGGAGUGCUGUCAACCAGCGAGUUAGGCUGUCGGCGCCAUUAUCGCACGCCAAUCUGACCAGGACCACCACGAAAACCAGACACAGCAGCCCGCCACCUCGCCGGCAACCAGAAUCGAAUUCGCUAUCCAUGGGAUUCAAUCGGCCGUGUCUGGAUACACGAUGAAUGCAUUUUUCAUCGCUGCCAAUGGCCUCUGUAACCCGCUCACGGAGAGCUGAAGGCCUCAAUCCAUUUCCACACCCGCACUCGCUGGGCGGCGCGACUCUCACGCGCGGUCGCAACAACACGUCGCCCACGCUCAAUCAGAGGCUUCCUCCUGCCGUCUUCCCCAAGCGUCCGAGGGACAACCCGGAACGCGUCCUCGACACUUUUCCUUCGCCGAAACGUCCCCGAUUGACAAUCAACCUCUCCUCGUCGCCCCCGUCCCGGAGCCUGCCUCCAAACACCACCUGCCCCAGGCCGACGUCGCGCCCCCGAACAGGCCCCCGAGACAGCGCUCAGCCCGCCCCAAUUCCCGACGCCUCCGCCGCGAUUUUUGUGCCGCCGCAGCAAGCGCUCCCGACCCCGACCCCCCAAAAGCAACAACAACACCAGCAGCCACCUCCGCACCAGCCCCUAGAACCGCAAUUGCAGCAGCAACAAGAGCAGCAGCAGCAUCCACUCCCACAACCACCAUCGAAAGCCGCGCCCCGCAGUAAACCGGCGGCUGGCUCAAAGGCACCGCCUAAGCCUCGAAACCCAGCCAAACGCGAACUUGGCAGCCUGCGGGUCGACAAGUCAACCCCAAAAGCUGCAGAGGGUCGCAAAUUGCGAUCACAAGAAGCCACCAGGUUUAAAAGCGAUCUUGCCGCCUACUUCCCCGACUACGAUGAGGUCAUAGGAAACGACCCCAAGCCAGACCACCUGUUGGAUGUGACGACGCCAAUACUUGUAAUAGAUCAAGCACCGACUCGGCCCAGCUCUGUUCGUCUACCGCACACCACCCGUGACCACGAACGCAUCGGUCCCGACUCAUAUCCGAUUCGAAGUUAUGGCGACAACCUAUUCACCGAGCUCUGGGAGUCUCAAGAGAUUAGUUUCGCGUUCCUCCAGGCCCGCGACCGGAAGGCCGAAGAUGUUCGAGACCCGCUCCCUGAUUCCUACUUCGAGUUUGCCCACAAGAAAGCCGAGAGGGCCGAGAAGACAAUACGGAACUCGGAGAGAGGUCGUGCCCAGCAUGAGAAGGAGCAGAUCAUCAGGCUCUUGGAUGGCCUGCAGGGCCCUGACUGGCUGAGGACCAUGGGUGUCAGUGGUAUCACCGAGGGCAAAAAGAAGGAGUUUGAAGGGCCGAGACGGUAUUUCAUCAGGGGCUGCGAGGCUAUCCUGGAGAAGUUUAGGCAAUGGGGCGUCGAAGAGAAGCGCCGAAAGCUCGAGAAGGAUCGCGCCCUCGCCGCUGCGGCCCAACUCGAGAUCGGUCACGGGCUCCACGAGGCACAAGCCGCAGACGGCGGUCAAGAGGAGAGAAAUGAGUCCUCUGGGCUGAUUGAGCUGGUAACCGAUACGGACGGAGACCCGCCAGACAGCGAUGUGGAUGCGUCCAUCGCGAAGCAGCUCAGUGAAGAAACCAAGGCGCGCUCCAAGGUGGUCGUCAAGAAGCCACCGGUAAAGCGAAGCCGUCGACAACAGGAGCUGGCACCGCCGCCGCCGCCGUCGCCGCCACCACCACCACUGGAAGCGACUCCCCCGAAGCCAUUUACGUCAUUCUUCGACAAGAAGUAUCUGCGCGACGCUGCCCUGAACAAAACCCGGCGUAAGGGUCGGACGGUGCUCGCAUGGGGACACACGGUGCCCGACAUGGACGAGGCCGACUUUGAGAUACCCCCGGAGUUCCUAGACGAGAAGACGAUGCGCAGCAACGCGAGGCGCAAGCGCCGGGAUAAGAGGGGCAACAGGCGCUGACGCGCGCACGCAUGAGGCCAAGUGGCAUUGUACUGCCUGGCAAGGCAAUAUAGAGCUUGCUGCAAGACCUCAGCGGGAACUGGGUGUGCACACACCACUGUAGUUGUAGAGAGCUCGAACACAUAGUCACCAUGCCCCACUGGAGAGGGCGGUUUUCAUGUGUUAUCAAGGAGCGGCUUGGGAAAGAUGCCGCGAUGACAUUGUACAGUCAUGGUGGCUCGGAGUUUGGUUCAGGGAUAUCUUCUGGGUCUGUUUUUUUAUAGUGUACAAAAUGAUACCAGACUUUUGCAGGAAUUCCUUACAUACGUGUAAUCGGUAGCUGUCGGUGCUUGAGGCUUGACGAAGGGCUUCUGGGUGGGGUGUCAUUGGGGC